AUGGAAACAUCUGAUCUUAUUGGUAUUUUAUUCGCUAUGCAAAUUGGUCCAUCGAUUCCCUCCACACCAUUUGCUAACGUCCGUGAUAUCAGUUAUUUCAAAGGAGCAGAAGAAAUUCUCUUUUCUAUGCAUGCCAUUUUUCGUAUAGGACCAAUGACACAAAUCGACGGAAACAAUCGCCUUUGGCAAGUUGAUUUAACAUUGACCAGUGACAACGAUCCAACUCUUCAUGCACUUACAGAACAAAUGCGCAAAGAGAUUUAUCCAGAGAGAGAAGGAUGGGAUCGUUUAGGUGAAUUGCUAAUCAAACUGGGACAGUUCCACAAUGCCCAAGAGGUAUAUAAUGUUCUGCUCGAUCAAACAAAUACUGAUUUGGAAAAAGCAUAUAUUUAUCAUAUGCUUGGCAGACUCAACAAUGGUCAAGGUGAAUAUAAAGCUGCGAUUGCCUAUUAUGAAAAAUCAAAUGAAAUCUAUCGAAACAGUCUCUCACCAACGGAUGAUAGCUUAGCCGCAUCUUACAGCAGCAUUGGUUUGGUAUAUGAAAAUAUGAGUGACUAUUCGAAUGCACUUUCAUCUCAUCAAAAAGCACUGGAAAUCUGGCAAAACAAUUCUUCCUUCGAAUCAUCCUGA